UGGUAAAGAGCUCAAACACUCAACAAUUCUAACUCAUUCCUCAAAAAAAAAUUCUACCUCUCAAAUAAACAAAAGAGUUGCAUUUGUCAAGUGUCAUGGCCGUGUUCAGUGUGAGAAGCAUCAACAAAAAGAAUGGUGGAGGUGGCAUUGUGAAGCUCAUUGAGAAGCUACAGAAGAAAAUAGUAAUAGGGAGAAACAAAUCAACAUCAACCUAUGUGCCUGAGGAUGUAAAGGAAGGACAUUUUGCUGUGAUUGCUAAGGGUAGGAAGGAAGAAGAAGCAAAGAGAUUUGUGUUACCAUUAAGUUGUUUAACUAAUCCAACAUUUGUGAGGCUAUUAGAGAAAACAGAAGAAGAAUAUGGUUUUGAUCAUGAAGGUGCACUAACCAUUCCUUGCAAGCCAAGUGAACUUCACAAGAUGUUGCAACAGCAAUGGCAAAAACAAGAGGGAGGUGCUGAAAUUAACUGCUACAACAUGCAAUUCCUCCAAUAACUUCAUGGUUUUUCAAAUUAUUGAUAAAUAAUCAAUGACAUGCAUAUAUGCUAUAGGAAAUAUGUUAGUAAUUUAUAUUGAAAUCAUAAGUUAUUUAGUUCAUUAAUCCAUAUGAAAGUACAUCUAAUUAAUGAUGAAGAGUGCAUAAUAC